CGAGAAGAUGGAAAAAAAAAAAAGGGAACUAAAUUGGCCUUUCUCCGCGGUAUGCGGCGGGUAACACAAGUUCAUAUUCAGUGGCUUGCUUGUAUACAUGCAGGCUUACACUGGACCGACGUUCUUGCUCGUGCCUUUUCUCUCUUUUCUAUUUUCCCAGCAUACCGGGUCGAUGCUCCUCUCAUUAAGCUUAAAUGCCAGACGGGUUUGUCGAUUACUGCUGUCAGGUUCGUCCACGAUGCCGUGUAUAGCAUAGUCGACGUCGUGUGUGACCCAGAUGUCCUGCCGAACACCCGAGAUGGGAAAAUCGACAAUCCAAUGCCACUCUUGGGGGAGCUCUGUCCACCAUUACCACCACCCUUUCUUCCACCCUUUCUACUACCCUUUCUCUCACCCCCCGUACGGACGACAAGACGGCUGGACCAACCCCCAGAAGACAACAGGAAGGCUGGUCCCUGUUCCAUCUGUUCUCUGGUUUUCUCCCCGGGGCUGAAAGUGAAGGGUGUGAUAUGGGGGAGGUGAGGAUGCAUGGGGGUGUGGUGUUGGAGAAAAAAGAACGGGUUCCGGGAAGCAUAUUGGACGAUGGUGUCGAGCACGCCAUUCUUGGCGUAAAUGAGACCAGCGUUAAAGGAUCCUCCCGAUUCCAAAGGAAUCGCACCC